AUGGUGCCUUGCCAGACCCACGUGAUGCUGAAGUGGCAGGAGCAUCUGAACAGCUCCUGGGCGGCGGAGGACAGCCAGACGGCCACGCGCCAGGGGGCUGCAGGACUCUACGCCAAACUGCUACACAAUAAGGAAGUGGUGGGGGUGGCCCAGCCUGUAAUGGACUUGAUUGGCCCGCGCCUGCCUGACUUCCAGUAUGAGUCCAGUGCUGCUGAGGAGCGGGAGGAGUACCUGUCGUCGUUACUCCACAGUCAGCGCUGCCUGGCCCACCGUGUGCUGGCACGGACCCCCUAUGCCCUGGGCCUGCACCACCGCCUCGUGGUCCUCCAGCGGAUAUACUACGCCCUCCACAGCAAGUACCACGACCGCUUCAGGGCUCCUGCUCCCCCUCAGACCAUGGCUAGCCAGGACAGUGGGGCCAUGGAGCCUGCCUCAGAGCCCUGGCUGCCUGGAGGAGCGUCCAGAGUUAAAUCAGGGACGGAUGUUCUGAUAGAGAUGGGCGUACGGACAGGACUGAGUCUCCUCUUCGCCCUGCUGCAGCAGAACUGGCGGUACGCCCGUGAGGACCCCGGAGUGGCGCUGUGUAACGAUGUGUUGGCUACUGCUUCCUCUGUCCUAGCCUCCCUGCCCCCUCUCUCUCUGGCCAACGAGAACAAGAUCCCAGCGGUGGGGCUGGACUGCCUGGCUCAGGUGGCAGACUUCCUGAAGAAGACGUCUGUGAGCUCUGGGAGUGGAGGGGCAGAUCGGGCGGGACGCAGGCUGGCUCUGGAGCUGCUGCUGGGCCUGGCUGUCCAGAGGGGCUCCCUGAGAUUCCUGCUGGAGUGGGUGGAGGUGGCCCUGGCUGCCUCUGCUGCCUCCUCUUCCUCUAUAACAUCCUCCACCUCCACCGGGUCACAACAGUUAAAGUCAGAGGGAGGAGUAGGCUAUGACCUCAUCUAUCAAACACUUCUUCAAAUGAGGCAAUACUCGGGUUUCCGUGGAGACUCUCUCAAUUCUCAGGCCCUGAAGAAGGAUGCAGAUGGACUCUGCAGUCUCUCCCACGUUGCUCUCUGCCUGUUUGAAGAGAUCUGUAACCUGGCAUCCAACUGCUUGUGUUCGUGCAGCGCGGGCUCAGCCACCCCUGGUGGAGUGGAGAACGAUGCUGUCAUGGUGUAUGUGUGGGGCAGCAACAGCUCUCACCAGCUGGCUGAGGGCACCUUGGAGAAGAUCCUACAGCCCAAACUGGCACAGGGCUUCAGCGACGCUCAAAUGAUUGAAGCGGGACAGUACUGCACGUUCUCUGUGUCCGCGGACGGCUCAGUGAAGGCUUGUGGGAAGGGCAGCUAUGGCCGGCUGGGUCUGGGGGACUCCAACAACCAGUCCAUGCCCAAGAAGCUGGCCCUGGAGCCCCCGAGGAACAUGUGUAAGGUUUCCUCGUCCAAGGGCUCUGAUGGCCACACCCUGGCUGUCACAGGGGAGGGAGAGGUCUUCAGUUGGGGCGACGGAGACUAUGGGAAGUUGGGACAUGGAAACAGUGCCACUCAGAAAUACCCCAAGAUAAUACAAGGACCUCUGCUGGGAAAAGUUGUGGUGUGUGUCUCUGCUGGCUACAGACAUAGUGCUGCUGUAACCAACGAUGGAGAGUUGUACACCUGGGGAGAAGGUGACUUCGGCAGACUGGGCCACAGUGACAGCCAUAGUCGUAACGUGCCUACGCUGGUGAAGGAUAUCAGUGGAGUGGGUCAGGCGGCCUGCGGUAGCUCUCACACCAUGGCUGUGGCUCAGGACGGACGCAUGGUGUGGUCUUUCGGAGGGGGAGAUAACGGUAAACUGGGUCACGGGGACACAAACCGUGUGUACCGGCCCAAGGUGAUCGAAGCACUGCAUGGGUUCAUCAUCAGGAAGGUGUGUGCUGGGAGCCAGUCAUCUCUGGCUUUGACCUCUGCUGGACAGGUAUUUGCGUGGGGCUGUGGUUCAUGUUUGGGCUGCGGCUCCUCUGAAACCACGUCUCUGAGACCCAGGUUCAUCGAAGAGCUCAGUGUGACCAAGAUUAUUGAUAUUUCCUGUGGGGACAGCCACUGUCUGGCUCUGUCUCAUGAAAAUGAGGUGUAUGCUUGGGGGAACAAUGCCAUGGGGCAGUGUGGCCAGGGGCACACCUCCACACCCGUCACCAAGCCGAAGAAAGUGAUUGGUCUAGAAGGAGUGUCAAUCCAGCAGAUCACCGCUGGCACUUCCCACAGCCUGGCCUGGACCGCUGUCCCCACCGACAGGCAGUUGGUGGCAUGGCAUAGACCGUUCUGUGUGGACCUGGAGGAGAGCACUUUUACCUACCUACGCAGUUUCCUGGAGAGAUACUGUGACGGGAUAGGAGGAGAAAUGCCCCCUGCCCCCUUCCCCUCCAAGCGGGAGCACCACCAGUUUGUCUUGCUAUGUAUGAAGCUGCUGUCCAUCCACCUCUCUCUAGCCCAUGCUGGGGGCACAGGGGCCACAGUACUAGGGGCCCAAGGGAGGCCCCUCCGAAACCUGCUAUUCAGGCUCAUAGACUCCAGUGUACCUGAAUCCAUACAACAGGCGGUGAUGAACACUCUGUCCAUCGGAGCAUCUCUGCUGUUGCCCCCCCUCAGGGAGAGAACUGAACUGCUCCACUCACUGCUACCUCAGGGCCCAGAGAGCUGGGAGAGCCUCUCUAAAGGACAGCGUUUGCAGUUGGACAUGGUUCUGAACAGCCUCCAGGAGCAGUCCCAUGUGGCCUCUCUGCUGGGAUACUCCUCUCCUGGGGAGCUGACUGCUGGGGCUGGCCCCCUGGGGCCACCCCUGGCCCUGACCUCCAGCCCAGACCGGCCCAGCCCCAGCCCAGAGGCCCUCCACGACCAUCUCCACCUGGCUGAGAUGCUGCUCAAGACCCUGUUCCUCAGCAUCGGAUUCUACACGGAGCGGGCGUUUGGUGAGCUGGAGAAGAACAGUGACAAGCAGCAGUCCAGCCGGUCCCAGAGACAGACAGACCCUCCCUCUCACUUCCACCACCUCCUGUCAGCCCUGCACAAACACCUGCUGGCCCAUUGUUACAGCCAUUCCAGCACAGAGGAUGACAGCAGUGUGACGUUGCUCCACAAACACCUAUGUCUGCUGUUACCCUACACUGCCGAGACCUUCAGGAGGUCCACCAUCUUACUGGAGGAGAGCUCCUUGGACAAGCACGUCAUCCACAAGCUACACACGGUGCUCCUGAGCUCUGUAGCGGGCAGCCUGCUGUGCCAGGUCAUGUAUUCCCUGUUGCUGCUACCCCUGUGGGUGGUACGCCCGCUGCUCACCCACCUGCUCUGUCUGCUGGAGCACCUCAAUGAGUUCAACUGCCUGCUGCCAGACACCGCCCUGCUGGAGGAGAGGGAGCUGGAGGCAGCGUGUCAUAGCCAAGGAGGGGCGGAGGACGACGGAUGGGUGUGGCUUCUGGACCUGGAGAGAUCUGUGGCGCUGGCGAUUGGACGCUGCCUGGGCGGGAUGCUGCAGGGACCGCCCCCCUCUGUCCAAGAGAGGACAUCAGAAUACUGGCUGUGUAACCCUCUCCUCAGGAACGGACUGGAGAUGGACUUUGAACAACUGGACUCCAGCACAACAUGGCUCACAGAGGCAGUGCUGCUGGGCUGUCCUGAUGCCAAGCUGGCAGACCUGAGUUUGAGCGAGGAGAACAGCAUGUUGAUGGAGCUGGCUCUAGGAUCGUCUAGAGAGCCUGCCGGAGGCCUGUGGAGGAAGAUGAAGGAGUACGCCAUCAGCAGGGACUGGGAUAACAGCGGUCCCUCGGGUGACUCCCUGUUAGAGACGGCGUGUCGCUGCAGCCUGGCUGCUCUCCUCAAACACACAGGGCUACAGGAUGAGGCCUACUGGCAGGACAAGUACGAGCCGUGUGAGAUGCUGAUAGAGAUCUAUGAGAUGGUGUAUAAGAUCAGGAGUGCUCUGCUGGCACACAAAGACUCUCCAGUGACUACAGCCAACACACAGGCCCUGGCUAACAGCAAACAGAGUCCCAGUGGGCAGGACCGGCAGGAACCGGGUCCCUCUGGUAGGGAGCAGCAGGCGGACCGGGGGAAAGAUCAGGACCCUGAGCUGGGGGGUCACGGUGGAGGUCACGAGACUCACCAGGGAGGGCAGUUCCUCCCCACGACUGCAGAACACAACCAGGAGGAGGGGCCAGAGGAGGACACGCCCAGCAUCAGCAGUAUGUACCUGCCGGAGGUCCUCCAGUGCUUCCUGGCCACGCGGGAGGCCAUGCAGCUGCAGCAGAACGAGACUGUCUAUGAGUCUUCCGGGACCUCCACCCUCCCCAGCAGCACAGAGAGCCCCGGCACCCCAGAAAGAGAGCCCCCUAACAGGCAGGGCUGGGAGCGGCGGAGGGGGUCCGAAGAGGGCAUGUCAUUCCCUGUAGCCUGCCACCUGGUUGUGUCCCGCUGUGUGUUUCUCCUCCUGGGGGUCCGGCCCGCGUGGCAGGAACAGAGUGAAGAGACAGGGCAGGCGGAGAGCACUGGAGCCAGGAAAUCAACUUCAUCUACAGAUUCUCUACUCAGUCCAAAUACCGAACAGAGCAGAUUCACCAUGGGCAGUAGAAAACCAUCUGCAGGCCAGUCCAGAAACUCCUUCAAGAAUAGAAUGGGUCUACCACUGUGUUCCCUGGGCAUCAUGAAGGAUGCGUGGGAGCGGUUACGCCAGUGCAUCAGCCCCACCACCAGCUCCAUGUGCCAGGGCGGGGCGGGCAGCUCACCCAGCGUGCUCAGCCAGGUCUUUCAUUUCCUGUGUGGGAGCCUGCUCCGUCCGACCCCACCCUCCUCGUUACUGGAGAGAGAGGCAGGCAGCCAGGCAGACCCCAAGGCCAUCACACUGGCCAUGUACCAACAACAGCAGAGGGCAGAGGUCCGUCUGGAGGCGUUGUGUCAGAUCUCUUCCUUCCUGUCUGAGAUGGAGGAGAAGAGGAGUGGUUCAGGCUCCUCUCCUCCCCUGCGGUUCCCUGGCUUGUUACAAUCUGUUCAACUGCAGUUCCUGUCUGGCUGCUUCGGACUGGGGACACCUACCACAGGCUGCCAGUCUGGAGACAACGACCAGAUGAACCACUACACUUCUGGGACCCAGUCAGCAUCUAUGUUUACCCAGAGAGAGCUACAGUCUGCUGCCCACACCCUCUACCAGCAGGUGGUCCGAGUCCUGAGACAGAAGGUCCUCCUGGAGAGGGAACAGACAGGCUCCUACCAGCCCCUGCUGUUGGCCACAGUGUUUGCUUUGAAUUUCCACUACCAGCCAGUAGAUCUGGUGGUGGUCUGUAAGUCUGGCAUCCUGGAGAUCCUGUCGUUGCUGACAGACAACACGUGUGUUCUGAUGAACCAGCGCUGGCUAGCAGCCUCUGUGUCCGGAAGCAUGCUGCUGAAUGAAGCCGUAAAACUGGCCUGUGCCCGCCUACUGCAGAUACUGGCCAUCGCUGCUAGUUCGUGUGAGGACUCUCUGCCUCUGGAUGUGUCUCAGGCCCUGCUGGAUGUGAUGCGUGAGCAGCUCCAGAGUCUGUUACACAUGGUCCACCAGCAGGAGGCGCUGGAGAACACGGCAGCAGAGGAAGCAGACCAGGACACCACCAAGAGGAUCCGGAAAGAGGGGAUGGAGGUGGUGCGGAGCAGUAGGGUCAUCGAGUCUCAGCUCGCUGACUUCUUGGUAUUCCUGAGGCGUAUCCUGUCGCUAAGGGUGACCAAAAGAGUCUCUGCCUUCAUCAAGUGGAUCGAUCCACUCAUGACCAUCAUCUCACACAAGUGCUCUUCGGGUUCUCCACGAUUCCGGAACUUGAGAACCAAACUGCUAGCCUUCCACAUUCUGGAAGGUCUGUUACCGGCCUGUUCUGAUACAGCACAGAUUGAACAGAUUGUUGAUCAGCUGUUUGGGCUUCUCUCAGUGUGUAUGUGGGAGGAGCCUUUAGCUGUGAAGAAGAACCAAGAGAAAACGGCAGAGAGCUCCAACAGGGACCCAGGGAGUGAAGAUGAGUCUAUUCCUAUUGGAGACUUCUCCUUUGACCCCUACAAGCUGAUCUGCUGCUCGUUGGAGAGCGGCAACGUCCUGUCUCAUGGAUCAGGAGGGAAGGGGUACGGCCUCGCCACCACAGCCAUCAACUCCGGCUGCUUCAUAUGGAAGUUCAACAUCACCAAGGAGAACAAAGGGAACGAGGGCACCUGUAUCGGAGUGUCUCGCUGGCCCAUCCGGGACUACAACCACCGCACCACCACGGACAUGUGGCUGUACCGGGCCUACAGCGGUAGUCUGUACCACGGAGGGGAGCUGGGCCGGGCCCUGCCAUCCUUCACUCAGGGAGACACCAUCACCUGCGUCCUGGACAUGGAGGCUAGGACCAUCUCUUUUGCCAAGAACAACAAGGAGCCUAAACUGGCUUUUGAAGGUGUGGAGGCCACGGAGUUGUACCCUUGUGUGUUAUUCUACAGCAGCAACCCUGGAGAGAAGGUGGCACUGUGUGACCUCCAGAUGAGAGGCAUGCCCAGUGACCUGCUGCCUGGUGAACCACUGUGUUCCCCCCGCACCACAGUACUGCUGGAGGCCACGGUUCAGCUCCUCCGCAGGCUGCACCAGUGUGACGGCUACUGGACACAACACAUCAACCAGCACAUGCAGAGCCGGCUGGAGCUCAUAGGACCGCUCAUGAAGGAGGGAGGCCUGGGGACCGUCAAACAUGCAGGCCCGAGACCUAAAGGAAUUGAUGAAAGGGAGAAGAACAAAGAGCAGAUCGGGAGUUGUGUUGGAGAGGAGACUGUAGACCCAGGGGACUUGGUGACGGGACCCUCAGGCCUCUCUGAGACCCAGCUGGGUGCUUUGUGCUCUGAGGUGUGGCCGGUGCUGGCCCUGAUCGGAGGAGUGGACAGUGGGCUUCGGGCAGGGGGGCUCUGCCUGCACAAACCCAGUGGGAGAAGGGCCACCCUGCUGGGGGUACUGAAGGAAGGAAGCCCCCUAGCCAAGCUUCAAUGGGAGGAGGCUGACCUCUCUGUCAGCUUCCUGAAUUCUUGGUCACCCAGCGACACCCCGCUCUCCUCCUUGGAGCCCUGUGAUGUGCCCCAGUGUGACGUCAGCAGAUUCCGAGGCCUCAAACCCUCUGUCCUCUUAGACCUGAUCUUCCUGACUGGCCUCCUGGAGGAGCAGGAGGAAGCCCGGGGACGAGGAGGAGGCGCAGGGAGAACCAGGAAAAGCUGCUCCUCCGAGCAGGAAGAGGAGGGAUGUAGCAUCCCUCGGAGCGUGCUGGAACGCAGGCUAGAUGAAGACAUCGCCCGCGUCAUGAUGGACGAUGAUGACAUUGAACGAGGCACAGGGCUAACAGAGGAGAAGGAGGAGAGGGAAGGAGAGAGGGAGAGGAACAGUCACCCGUCCCCAACUAGAGCUCUCUCAGAGUCCUGUGACGAGCCAGAGGAGGGUAGUACUUCGUCCUCCUGCCCCCCAACUCCAACCCCAACCCUACCUCCCCCCUCCCCCCAUCAGACCAAGCCCCAGCCAGAUGUCUUCUCCCUGGAGCUCCGGGCUGUAAGGGUUUCCUACCUCCUGCUGGGAGCCUUAAAGUCCCUGGCUGUCAUCCUCAGCUGUGGGAAGUUUACUGACCUGCUGCUGGUGCCCAAGCAUCAAGACCCCUCUACUGCUGCCAUCCUAACCAGUAGCAGCCCUGACCAGGCUAAGCCAGGGGACUCUGGUUUGAGCCCUGCCCCGGCUGGAGAAGACAGCAACGCUGCUGAAAUGAGGUCUGUGCUACAGUUUAUGGUGCGGAGCAUGGUGAAGUGGGCUGUGCGACCUUGCCCUAUCAAACAGAGUGUUGCCCUGUCAGACCUGGAGAGAGCUCAGGUCCUAAUCUUCAAAGGAACUCUCAACAGACUGCAGGAGGACAAAGGAGCCAAAGACAGGAAGGAACCUGGUCACCACUCAUCGUCCCAGCCGUUGUCAAAGUCUUCCAGCUCUGUGUCUCUCUACAGCACGGGGUCAGAGGGCACCGCCAUCUUCGGUCAAUCAAACGGAGCCUCUGCCUCGUCCUCCACCAAUGACCUGGCUGCUUCUCUGCUCUCUGCGCUGCAGGCUGAUGGCCUGGAAAACUUUAACCCCUUCCUCCCCAUCAACCUCCUGCAGCGGAUGGUGUUAGCACGGUUCCCUACCCUGGCUGGCCUGGUUAAUAACCCCCCCAUGUUGCACGGUCCUGGUCCAGGCUUCGGCCUGGCCACCUCGUCUUCCUGUGAGGGCUUCACAGAGCAGCAGACCAGCUUCAUGGAGCCCUGCGCUAAUACUCAGGCCAGGAGCCGUGGCGCGGAACGGCUUCAAAUGUUUGUCCCAGUCCGCUUACUAGAAAUGGGCUUCUCUAUGAGACAUAUCUACAAGGCCAUGGAGGCAGCAGGUGUGGCUGGUGAGGUAGACUCGCGGACCAUCGAGGUGCUGGCUAGCUGGAUGUUGGAGCACCCCCUGACUGAGGAGCUGCAGAUGGAGAGCCAGCCAGCAGGAGCCUCCACCACUGAAACCCCCUCCCCUGACGGACCGGAGACCGUACAGUGCCCCGAGGCCCCCACCAGCGUACCCAACGAAAGUCUGCUUGCGGGCCUGGACCUGGUGGAGAGGGAGAACUUCCUAGAUGUCCACCUGACCAGGAACAGGCCUCCCCCGGCCAGACGCCAGCGCUCCAGCUUGGGGCACAGAACCUCCUUUAGGAGAGCAGACUCUCCGUCCCCCAACCCCAUCCCACCGCUGUACAGGCAGGACCCAGGGGUGUCUGAGUGGCCGGAGCGGGCGGAGACGCACCCCUUCGCUGCUGAGGAGGAGUCAGAGCUGGGGUACAUGGAUGACCCCUACCAUGAAGAGCCCUACGAGGAGCUACAGUUCAGAGAGUUCAUCAGCUCGGAGAGAGACACCCUCUGGAUGGUCGAGGGGGGCGAGGAGCACCAGCCCCAUGACAUGGUACAGUGUGAGCUGUGUAACACCCUGACUCUGCAGUUCAACAACCACAUGAAGAGGCAUCACCCGGGCUGUGGCCAAAGCGCUGGGCGGCGAGGGUACCGCUCCACCGGGGCGUAUGUGGACGGGUGGUUCGGAGGGGAGUGUGGGUCCGGUAGCCCUUACUACCUGCUUUGUAGCACCUGUAGAGAGAAGUACCUGGCAGCUAACCUAGGGGAGAUUGGAUCCAAACAUGACCGAAUGAAAGGGCUUGCUUCUGAUUUAAUUGGAAGACUGGACAGCACCUCCGAUGAAGACUGGGAGCUGGGCCCGCUAGAUGACUCUGACCCAGACCGGCUGACUGGGCUGGAGGACUUUGGGGUGUUGCUGAGGCCUCUGGGUCUGAGUGAGAAGAAGUUGGUGCCAGACCCCAUCCCCUUCACAGAAAACGACCCGCUGGGAGCUCUGGUCAACAGCACCAGUAACCCUGACGGGUCCAUGAUGCAGAAAGGUGUGGUCAGCACUGACACUAAGGGAUUAGGUUCCUCCGGCCCUCUGACUCUGGGGGAGCAGGCUGCAUCGCUGAGAGACCCUCAGGACAGACUGCAGGCUCUAAGGAGAGUCACCUCUACAGCCCAGAUACUACUGGCAUACAGCAUGGUGAUGAGAGCACUCUCCCAAACAUCCUCUAGUGUGUCAGUGUGCAGUGCCUCUAGUGGUCUGGAGGGCUUGGGCCUGGCAGACAUCCGUAUCCUGGUGCGUCUGAUGUGCCUUGCGGCGGCAGGCCGAGUCCAUACCAGUGUUGACCAGCAAGGGGUAGCAGAGAGAAGCAGCUCUGCCUUCGUCUCCUUCCUCAGCUCAGCUAUAGGCAGCCUGGUCUCACACAGCCCCACAGCAUACAGGGAGCUGGUGGACAUCUGCACUCAGGAUCUGAUGGCAGCUGCCACAGGGAUGAACCUUGGUGCCAUCAGUGAUCCUGCACAGAGAGUUCGUCUGACCUCCACCCUGAAGAGGGCGCCACAACAAGAUGUCACACCCCUCACACCUCCCACCUUCCUGGUCACACAGAGUCUGGUCUCCCUGCUCACAGAGAAGGGCAUCCGUUACCGCUAUUCCCCAGACAGAACCGUUACCGAGCAAGUGGGCCCUCUGGAGCUGGCCAACGCCCUGGCUGCCUGUGCCCUGUCUGCCAGGCUGACCAGUAAACACCGUCAGUGGGCAGCCCAGCAGCUGGUCCAGGCCCUGGCUGCCUCGGAGAGGGAGAGGGACAACCCCAUCCGGCCUCAGACCUAUAGCGACAUGGCUGGAGACCUGAGGAAGUGUCCUCUGAAGAAGCUAGAGGGACAUCACGGCAGGGUGACUAGCUGUACUUGGAACAAUGAGCAGGGUCUGUUGGCCACUGGAGCUCAGGACGGGACAGUCAGAUUAUGGGACGUCAACCAGAACACUGCUGACCUGCAGUGCACACACUCCUGUAGCAUCAGUGAUGACAGACGGAGCUCUGAGGCAGCAGGUGGAGCUCACCUGGUGUCUCCUGUCUACUGGAGCUCUGGAGGUACCCUCCUCGCUGCUUUCCAAAACAAGAUCAUCAACAUCUGGACUGUCAACGGAGCCCAGGGCCACGUGGAGGCCCAGCCGUCCUGGGUGACAGCCCUCUCCUGGGUGCAGACCUCCAGCCCCUUCCCCUCCCAGGGGGGCAUCGCCGGGAAGGAUGCCCAGCCAGAGAGCCUGUUGGUGGGCCGUCUGGACGGAUCCCUCUGCUGGCUGCAGGUCACUGAAGACUUCACCAUUGAGAGCACCGAGCUCACCCGCUGCCACAGGAAAGAAUCUCCUCAGUGUGUGGCGUGGCACAGUGUAGACAAGCCCUUUGCUGUGGGUUACCCUGAUGGGAAAAUCCUACUGGCUACCGCUGGAUCCUACGAGACUGAACAGCCCCUACUACUGUCUGCCUUCCCUGAGAGUGUCAGCAUCCUGCGCUGGGACCCCACGGGUCACCUCCUCCUCUCCACGGGCCGUUCUGAGGUGGUGAAGAUCUGGGGGCGGGCGGGAGGCACCUGGAUCACCCUCCACUCCCUGUUCCACACAGGCACCGUCAACACGGCCGAGUGGUGCCCGCUGCCAGGCAGAGGUCCCGAACCACGCCUUAUGAUGGCUGUAGGGAGCCAGAAUGGUCUUCUGAAUGUGUGGACUCUGCCACAGGGGGGCACUAAUGUGUCAGCUCCUAAGUUCCUGGGCAGCUCAUCCGGUCAGGAGAACAACGGUGGCAUCAAGCGUGGCAGUGCCAAGUGUGUGUUCAGACUGAGUGGUCACAUCACAGCGGUGAAGACCCUGUCGUUCUGCCCCAGUGGUCUGGCCCUGGUGUCUGGAGGUAUAGGAGGACUACUCAACAUCUGGUCUCUACAGGAUGGUUCCAUCCUACAGACAGUGGUGACAGGCCUAGGCUCAGUGGUCAGUACCACCUGGAUACCAAAUGUAGGGGUGGCUGCCUGCUCCGUGAGGUCAAAGGAUGCUCUGCUGAUCCGCUGUACGUCAGACUGGAUCUCCCAGAACCACGUGUUGGCAUCCUGCCGCACCGUCCUCAGAACACAGGGCAUUCUGGGUCUGAACCGUGCACCCUGCAUGGCCGUCUUCCUGGAGAGACUUCCCACACUGCUUCAGGAACAGUACAGCUACGAGAGGAGUCACGUGACAGCGGGCGACCAGUUGGUCCACAGUGCCUUCCUCCAGAGUCUGGCCUCUCUGACCGUCGGUCUUUCCCUGGAACAGUACCUGUGUCGGCCCUACCAACCCCCCCACCACCACCCUGCCAGCCUCAGCCUCGACCACACACACGCCUGCCCCAUGGAGUGGAGCUGGCUCCAAACCUUCUCCACCACUGUGAAGAGCGCAGAGGCCAUCGCCAGGGGAACAGCAUUCCCAGAAUCCUUCACUGUCCCAGAGUUCCAGCAGGCAGGAGCCACAGAACUCAGCAAGCCCCUGGACAAUAGUAAGUGGAGCUUCAUGAUGGACGAACAACUCAUGUCCUGGGCCACCACCAGACCCGAGGACUGGCAGCAGGGAGGGAAGAGUCAGGUGUUUCUGUGGGGCAACGGGCGUCACGGACAGCUGGCAGACGCAGGGACCAACCUGAUGGUGCCUACUAUCGCCCCGUCUCUGUCCCAGACACAUCAGGUUGUGUGUGGGCAGAACUGUACAUUCCUGGUACAGGCUAACGGUACGGUGCUGGCUGUAGGAGAGGGUAGCUAUGGGAGACUGGGCCAGGGCAACUCUGAUGACCUAUAUACCCCCACAGUCAUCUCAGCCUUACAAGGCUACGUGGUGACCCAGCUGGUGACCUCUUGCGGUUCUGACGGCCACUCCAUGGCGCUGACGGAGAGCGGCGAGGUGUUCAGCUGGGGAGAUGGAGACUACGGGAAGCUGGGACACGGGAACAGUGAGAGACAGAGACGACCCAAACAGGUGGAGGCUCUGCAGGGAGAGGAGGUGGUGCAGUUGUCGUGUGGGUUCAAACACUCAGCCGUGAUUACAGCAGACGGGAAGCUGUUCACCUUCGGUAGUGGAGACUCUGGUCGUCUGGGUCAAAGAUCAACGUCCAACAAGAUGCUGCCAGAGAGAGUCACGGCACUGGAGGGAUAUCACAUUGGACAGGUGUCCUGUGGUAUCAACCACACCCUGGUGCUGUCCUCCGAUGGGAUGAGUGUCUGGUCCUUUGGUGACGGGGACUAUGGGAAGCUGGGGACCGGUCCCUGCACUGUGAAGUCUUAUCCUCAGAAAGUGGAGCAACUGUGUAACAAGGGAAUCAAGAUGGUUGGCUGUGGGACACAGUUUUCUGUUGUCCUGGCUAAAGAUGGACAUGUUUACACCUUUGGACAAGAGCGGUUGAUCGGCCUGCCAGACUCUCUGUUGAAGAACCACAACCGUCCCCAGGUGGUGCCAGCCCUGGAGGGGGUGUUUGUAGAGGACAUAGCUGUGGGCUGUGAGCACGUCCUGGUUUUGUCUUCUACCGGAGAUGUCUAUGCCUGGGGCUGCAACUGUGAGGGACAGCUUGGCCUGGGUCACUCCAGCCCAGUGAAGGAGCCCACCCUGGUGACAGGCCUACAGGGAAACAACAUCAAACAGAUCUCUGCUGGUCGCUGCCACAGCUCAGCCUGGACCACACCCUCACCCUCUGUCAAAGCCUCAGGUGCUUCAGCCAACCUCCAGCUGGGUCUGCCCCAGUCUAUCCCUCCCCAGUAUAACGCUCUGAAAGACUGCAGCCCUGACGUCCUCAACACCCGCCUCCGGGUGCUCUACCACUUCUCUGACCUCAUGUACAAGUCCUGGAGGCUGCUCAACCUCCACCCCAGGAACCAGGUGUCUUCAUCUCGCUACAGCUCAGGAACAGCAGCCAUCGUCCAGGGCCAGCUGAGAGGCCUCCUGUCCCCCAAGGUCAACACUCUACCCCUGGUCAGAUCAAUAGGGAGGACCAUGACCCAGGGCAAGACCUACGGACCCCAGAUCACUGUCAAGAGGAUCUCAACCCGGGGGCGCUCCAGCAAGCCCAUAUUUGUGCAGAUCGCUAAGCAGGUGGUCUCUCUGAACCCCCUGGAGCUGAGGCUGCCCUCCAGGGCCUGGAAGGUGAAGCUGGUGGGGGAGGGGGCCGACGACGCAGGGGGGGUGUUUGAUGACACCAUCACAGAGAUGUGUCAGGAGUUGCAGGCUGGUGUGGUUGAUCUGCUCAUUCACACCCCCAACAGCUCUACUGACGUGGGAAGUAACACCGACAGGUUCCUGCUGAACCCAGCGGCAGUCUCUGAAGACCACAUGGUCCAGUUCCGUUUCCUAGGCAUCCUGAUGGCGGUGGCCAUCCGUACCAAGAAGCCCCUGGACCUGCACCUGGCCCCCUGGGUGUGGAAGCAGCUGUGUUGUAUUCCCCUGGGUGGGCCGGACCUGGAGGAGGUGGACCUGCUUACCUACCGUUCCUUGCACGGCAUCCUGCACCUGGACAACAGCGGCAUCACAGAGGACAACUUCCACGUGAUGAUUCCUCUGGACUCGUUCAUGGCCCACAGUGCAGAUGGGAAGCUGGUGCCGGUGGUCCCUGGGGGACACAACAUCUCCCUCACCUUCUCCAACAAGAGUGACUACGUAGAGAGGACUCUGGACUACCGGCUGCACGAGAUGGACAGACAGGUUGCAGCGGUGAGAGAGGGCAUGUCCUCCAUCAUCCCGGUGCCUCUCCUCUCCCUUCUCACGGCGCGCCAGCUAGAACAGCUGGUCUGCGGUCUGCCCGAGGUCUCCGUGGAGAUGCUCAAGAAAGUAGUCCGAUACCGCGACAUCACAGACAGUCACCAGCUGAUUGGCUGGCUGUGGCAGAGUCUGGAGGAGUUUGCCAAUGAGGAGCGGGUUCUAUUCCUGCGCUUCGUGUCCGGAAGGUCCAGACUGCCCUCCAACCCCGCUGACAUCACUCAGAAGUUCCAGAUCAUCAAGGUUGACAGGCCUGUGAACGGGCUCCCCACAGCCCAGACGUGUUUCUUCCAGCUGCGUCUGCCUCCCUACACCAGCCAGGCCAUCCUGGCCGAGAGGCUGCGCUACUCCAUCCACAACUGUCCCUCCAUCGACAUGGACAAUUACAUGCUGUCCCGAAACACCGACCCGGCCGACGGAUCCGACACAGAGUAUUGAUGAUACUGGUGAUGCUGAUAGUAAUGAUACUGGUGAUGUUGAUAGUAAUGAUACUGAGUACUGAUGAGACCCUGCUCAAUAACAACAAUAACAACAACAUGGCUCAACGUUACUUGAAAGCUCAAAGUGUUUGUCAUGUCGUUUCUUCUUCUUCUUUCUUUUGACUUAUCUUUGGUACAAUAGUCAGUGCUAGCCUCUGGCUCUGGGCUCUAUGUGGCUGAAUGAAUGACUAGCCGAAUGAGGUGAUCUCUCUUAUCGCUCGCUCUGAGAGAAACAUUUUUAGUUUUUAAGCCUUUUGUUUUUGAAUUCACAGUUUCUGCAUGGUACAGAAUAUUUGUUAAAGAAGAAUAACUUAGUUUAAAAAGAGUGCAUAAUCUACUGAGACGUAUUGAUGUAGGAUAAACCUUGUUGCAUUAAACGACUGAAUAACUUUUAUGCUA